ACACACGCACACGCACACACACACACACAGUGAGAAGCUGCGGAUAAAACGGCAUGCGGACGAGAUGAUGUUAGAGAACGCAACAGUGAUGUGAGGAGCGUUUAUUUACCAAACACUGAGGAGGAAACACAACGUUCAACAGACACACAACAACAUCGACAUCAGCACUGAGACAGAUGCUACAGACAAUCCACUAAAGCAUGAAGAAAAUUCUCCAGUCUAUAUAUAAGAUUUAAUAACCUGGGUGGGAACAAAAGAGUAUGAUGCCAAGAUGAGCUGCACUCAGGCUGAACCAGAGGAGAGGCCUGCUAAUCCCAGCAACGACAUUAAUGCAAAUGCUAAUCCCAAUGCUAAAACCCAGCCUAGUGUGUGGGAAAGCCCCGUAUCGGUUGCUAACGCUUCCUUAAAUCCAAGCGCUAGUUUUAACCCCAAUGCCACGAACACCAGCGAUGAGAUGGAGUGCAAGAUCUGCUACCAGCGCUACAACAUCCAAAGCCGUAAGCCUAAGAUACUGGACUGCCUGCACCGGGUGUGUGCUCGCUGCCUUAACAAGAUCCUGGACAUCGGAGACAGCUCGGGCUGCAUCUGCUGUCCCUUCUGCCGGCACGAGACGAGAGUUAGCGACUACGAGGUGGCGGCGCUGCCGGACGACUUAAACAUCAUGGCCUUCCUGGCACUCCGGGAAAAGUGCUGGAGCUCAGACCAUGGCAAUGAGGUGGUGCUAACACCCAAGAGCUUGUCAUCCAGCAAUAGCCCCUACCACGACUCUUCCAACUGCCUGGUCAUCACCAUUAUGGAGGUCCAGAGAGAAACGCAGCAUUCACCCAGUCGCAUGGGUAGCUCCGAUGACUACGGGGAGCACAGCCUGGACUCCGUAUCGAUGGCCUCACAUGGAGGUACCAUAGACCAAGACGCGUUCACCAAGUUUUGCAACCACAUACCACGGAUUCUCGUAUGGUUGUUGGGUUUCUUUUACUUUGGGUCCCUGCCGCUAGGAAUAUACUUACUGGUGAUCCAAAGAGUGACUCUGGGGGUUGUGUGUGUCAGCCUCGUGCCCACCAGCCUUACUGUGUGUCUCGUUUAUGGAUUCUGCCAGUGUCUUUGCCAAGGUCUAUGUGACUGCUCUGGCAGAAGCUGACCGGAUACGACGGGAACGAUGAACUUACACACUUAUGAUGUAUGUGUUGAGGGGCUAAUACACUUCAGCAAUAAGCGAGAGUGCUGUUGUAAUGAACAUCAGGUUGCUCCAGCUGUGCUGAUAUUCAGUGCCACAGCUGGAUUGUCUGAUAUUGCUUUCACACAGGUUUAUAAAAAUGUGGAAUUUUAGACACCAUGCGGACAGAUUCAUCAUUAGAUUUUGGUCCAUUGAUGAAAACAGUUUCCAGAGAAACGCAGCUGGAUACGGCAUUUCGUGUUGCCAUACCAACAAUGCUGACAUGAUGUGGAAAGACGUCACAUGGUAUUUACACCAAAAGACUGCAGCUUAUCCAAUCAAAUUACCAAACCUGCCUCAUUUCUUAACAUGCAAAACAAACGUCAUGCCUGAUGACUGAGGUCUGGUGUAAAUUUCUGCUAGUAGACAUGGGGCCUCAUAUGCCCAUGAGGGGUCUCUCUUGCUGUUCUUCCAAAAUCAUUGUAUUUCUGGACAAUCUGUGAGUCAACACCUGAUUGGUCGAGUUGGGGAAGUGUUUCCAGGUUGUGUACUCGAGGGGUUUGAGACUGCCCUGAAUACACCACAGAUCCUGUAAGUUCCAUUCGGAUGAAAGAUUCGAGGUUUCAGGCUUUCGAUUUUUAUUAAUUUCACUGGGGUCAGAGUGCAGGGUCUCCCCUGGAGCACAAAAGGGUUAAGGGCCCCAAAAGAGGCAGCUUGCCUCAAAACCCCCAACCUUCCCAAAACCUUAACCACUGAGGUAGGAAGAAAUUUUAGGGGAACCCAUCCUCAUCCUCAACAGUAAAUGCCUAUUCAUUAUAGUUCCAUCAUUGUUGAGAUUAUCACCAGUUUACUGAUGGAGACUUAAAUAAUACUCCCACAGGAGUAUGGAAUCUAUAUUUAAUCUAUUUUUGCCUUACACACACACUUGCAGGAUUCCGUUACAUGGCGUUCAUUGCGUUAGAAAAAAAUAUAAUGUGCUGCUGUAUUUAAUGUCAGUAUAACGGCCAAGCUUCAGGAGCCAGCAAUCAUUUUCAUGUUUCUUCUUAAGAGUUCCCAUUUAUUUGUUGUCGAGGCAAAAGUACGAGGUGGUUUGAAACAUUUUCAAGACAUUUCGUAACACCAAAAGAUGGCAGCAAAAGUCUGCAUGCACAGUCACAGGGAGCACCGACCUUCAUAAGUUGUCCUGUGUACAUCAGGAACUGGCGCUAUGCUGACCACGUGCGUCACCAUGUCUUCUGUUCUGACCACGUGCACACCCAGUCAUCGAGCUCUUCUCACAUGUUUGUUUCUUGCCGGAAACAAAACAAUCUCAUUUACGCCUCCAUCCUACUCACCAGAUUUGGCUCCUAAGGACUUCCCCCUGUUCUUGAAGAUGAAGAUCCAGCUUGCCAUUUUGACAAUGUUGUGGAGAUCCAAAGAGAAGAUGCUUAACACAUAAAAAAAAGACUUCCAGGACACGUUUCAGAAGAACACUGUGUGCACAGUAUUGUUGUGCAAGGGGACUGUUUUGAAGGUGAUGGGGUGCAAACGUAGAUAAAUAAAGUGUUUUCUUCUUUACAGAGCGAGUCUCAAAACAUUUUGAGAUCACCUCGUGCUCCCCUUUUCAUCAACUCCAACUCGGACUCUGCUCUGCUUUUCUUUAUUUUAUUCAUUCUGGUACAUGACGUCAUUCCAGAAUGUCCAGGUACGACGCCCCCUACAUGUCAGCAGAAGUGUACAUCAUGUCUAACGUUAAUGGCGUACUGUAGGACAUGUGGCUGUCAAAGAGAAAUGAUUCCUAGUGUACGUUCCUUCAUGUAAUGCUCCUCCAACACGGUCUCCAGGAAAACAACUGUGUUUAAGAUGGAAUAAGUGUUUCAGGGUUGGAGCUCUGUAUCCUGGAGCUGGAGAAGUGUCUGGUGAAAGAGCCUUUCCAAAAUAAAGUGAAUUUCCUUGA